UUCUUAAAGCGUUUCCUUAACACAGACAAGCUGAAAAGCUGUGCCUGCUUCGGUGAACAAAGCCUGACUGCGCGAUCACGUUCAACACGAAGUUCUUCCCUUACGCGCGACCCACCCGCUCCGCGACCACCGGUCGCAGGAACACGACCCCGGCUGCGCAGAGUCUAAUGAUAGCGCGCCCUCUACCCGACUACGAUGUCAGCGCGCAGUCCCGGGAGCACGGCGGGUAGUGGUCGGGCAGGUGGAGGCUAGAAAAGGGGGGCGGACCCGCGGUCACACCAUCUUCCGCUUUCGUCAUUUCCGGGUGCGACCGCCGCUUCUGUCCGGCUGAGCGCUGGACGCCUUGGGUCUUCUCUUAUUGCAUCUGGCCGUCUGGGCAACUGCCCCUUCCCUGUUCCCAGCGGGAAGGACAUGAGUGUUCCUGGGCCGACGUCCCCGGACGGGGUCCUGGCAGGGCCACCCCACGGCCUCGGGGCCGGGAAGCUGACGCCAGGUUUAAGUGACACUUCGCCAGAUGAAGGGUUACUAGAGGACUUGACUGUAGAGGACAAAGCUGUGGAGCAGCUGGCAGAAGGAUUGCUUUCUCACUACCUGCCAGAUUUGCAGAGAUCAAAACAAGCUCUUCAGGAACUCACACAGAACCAAGUUGUAUUACUAGACACACUGGAACAAGAGAUUUCGAAAUUUAAAGAAUGUCAUUCUAUGUUGGAUAUUAAUGCUUUGUUCACUGAAGCUAAACACUAUCAUGCUAAGUUGGUGAAUAUAAGAAAAGAGAUGCUGAUGCUUCAUGAAAAGACGUCCAAGUUAAAAAAAAGAGCCCUUAAACUGCAGCAGAAGAGGCAGAAAGAAGAGUUGGAAAGGGAGCAGCAACGUGAGAAGGAGUUUGAAAGAGAAAAGCAGUUAACUGCCAAACCAGCUAAGAGGACGUGAGAAGCUGAGAGAAUGUGUGUGUGUCCCCGCUUCCCUGCCCGUGUGGCUGGCAUCCAGGGUGGCCUCAGUGUAGACUGGAGUGAAGGUAGUGCCUUACACCACCGUCUCACGUCUUGCAGUUCUUUCCCCAAGACUGCUAUCUCUGUAUCUUCAUUUCCACACUCAAGAAGCUUCCCCCCUGAGCAGAAGAAAUAAUAUCACUCGGUUUGAGUAUUUAUGUGUAAUUUUCCAACUUCUGUUGUGCAUAAUUUUCAAAUUUAUUAUUUUGGCCUUGAAUGAUAUAUAAACUGGGACAUGGAAAGUUGUUAAAAACUAGGAUGAGUCUUGUAGCAUCUUGGUAAGUGUGGAUUUAAAAGAUUCAGUUUCUUAUUUAUGGAAUAACUUGCCUUUCUGGCAACCCAGUGCUAGUUUUUGGUAAUUGCCUUUUUGUUGUUUGGUUAAGAAGAAAUGCUAACUGUUUAAUCACA